AUGACUAUUUCAAGUCAAGUAAAUGCUGGAACAGUAAGUGCUGCAACAACAUCGGUUGCACACAAUUGUUCAACUGCUACCCUAGCACCGGCUAAGAAACCUGCAAAGUUUUCUGGAGUCGACUUCAAGAGAUGGCAGCAAAAGAAGUUCUUCUGUCUGACUACGUUGAAAAAGAAGUACAAAACAGAGGAUGCCGGAAUGAAGAAGUUCAUUUUGGCAAAGUUUCUGGACUAUAAGAUGAUAGACAGUAAGACCGUCGUCACCCAAGUUCAAGAAUUGCAGGUCAUAAUCCAUGGUCUUCUUACUGAAGGAUUGGUUGUGAAUGAUGCUUUUCAAGUGGCUGCCAUUAUUGGGAAGUUACCUCCAUUGUGGAAGGACUUCAAAAACUACUUGAAACAUAAACACAAGAAAAUGACUGUUAAAGAUCUCAUGAAAAGAAAGGAAGCAAUUGGUCCAAAGAGCAAUCCUCCUAAGAAGAAAUUCAAUGGAAGCUGCUUUAAUUGUGGCAAACGUGGUCAUCGGGCUACUGAAUGUCGAGGUCCCAAGAAAGACAAGAAGAAGGAUCAAGCAAAUUUGGAUGAAUCCAAAGGAGAGAUGGACGAUCUUUGUGCAAUGCUUUCACAAUGCAACUUGGUUAGAAAUCCAAGCGAGCGGUGGAUAUAUUUUGGUGCCUCAUGCCAUGGUUGUGCCAACAAAGAAUUAUUUUCAUCAUAUACUCCAGCACCUACAGACGAGAAGUUGUUUAUGGCAAACUCCAUUGUUACAAAGGUGGAAGGAACUGGCAAAGUCCUCUUAAAGAUGACAUCGGGCAAGGUGGUGACUUUGAACAGGGUCUCAUAUGUUCGGGAAUUGCGAAAGUUUUUAGUUUAUAUACCAGUUGUGACUAAGAACGGAUUCAGAUGUGUAUUUGUUUCUGAUAAAGUUGUAGAAGUCAUUGCAUGCCUAUAUGUGGAUGACAUGCUGAUAAUGAGCAAGUACAUUGCCAAUGUAAAAGCUACUAAGCGUAUGCUCGCGAGAUAUAGUGAUGCAAAUUGGAUUACUGGGUCAACUGAAACGAAAUCCACGAGUGGAUAUGUUUUCACUAUUGGUGGAGGAGCAAUAUCUUGUUUGGACAAUGUCUAA